CACUGCAAGAACCAACAGCCAUUUAUGGAUUCAAAUCAACCGAGAGCCGAAACUCCACAGCCUCCUCAAGGCCGCCGCGGUGGUGGUGGCAGUGGUUUCUCUGCUAUUCUCAUAGUCUUCUUAUCCUUUAUCGCCAUCUUCGUCAUGAUGAUGAAUCAAACACCAUCAACUAUUAGGAAUGGUUUGUCCAUUCUGCACCAAGUCCCAGAAGGCCAUGUUGGGGUUUACUGGAGAGGAGGAGCCCUUCAAAAGACGAUUACAGAUCCAGGUUUUCAUCUGAAGCUGCCUUUUAUAACCCAUUAUGAGCCUGUUCAAGUAACCCUUCAGACAGAUCAGGUGAGGGAUAUUCCUUGUGGUACAAAAGGAGGUGUCAUGAUCAACUUUGAGAAGAUAGAGGUUGUUAAUCGGCUUCACAAGGACUAUGUGCAUGACACACUGCUGAACUAUGGGGUGCAGUAUGACAAUACAUGGAUAUAUGACAAAAUUCAUCAUGAGAUCAAUAAAUUCUGCAGCUCUCACUCUCUUCAGCAAGUCUACAUUGAUGUUUUUGAUCAAAUUGACGAAAAGAUGAAAGAUGCUCUCCAGGGUGACUGCACACGUUAUGCUCCGGGUAUCGAAAUCAUGAGUGUUCGCAUUACAAAGCCAACCAUCCCGGAAAGCAUAAGGCGCAAUUUUGAACAGAUGGAAGAGGAACGCACUAAGGUCUUAAUUGCUAUUGAGAAACAGAGAGUGGUUGAGAAAGAGGCAGAGACAAGUAAGAAAAUGGCUAUUAGUGAAGCUGAGAAGAUUGCAAAUGUGAGUAAGAUCCUCAUGGAACAGAAGUUGAUGGAAAAGGAUAGUGCCAGGAAGCAGCAAGAAAUUGAGAACCAGAUAUACAUGGCUCGGGAAAAGAGUUUGGCAGAUGCAUAUUUCUACCGUGUACUGAAGGAAGCUGAAGCAAACGAGUUGAAGCUGACACCGCAAUAUCUUGACCUUAAAUUCGUCGAGGCCAUAGCUGAUAAUACGAAAAUUUUCUUUGGGGAAAAGAUACCUAGUAUGUUUUUGGAUCAGAGGCUGCUCGGGAACUUCCUGCAACAGCUAGCUAGGAAUGUGUCAGAAGAGGAGAAAUCAACAGCUUAAUUUUUUUUUAUAUCUUUCAUUUCCUUUUUUGAUCUGUCGUUUCUAUCAACAUAAUGUAAUACCUAGGUGAUAUAGCAUUAUUACUAGCAUGUCAAAAGGUAGGGAAAGUAAAUGUUGGUCUAGGAUUUCAGAAGCAGUUUCAUUCAAACAAAUUUUUUGGGUAGUUUCCUUAGUCCAAAAAUUCUGGGGUUGGCUAUGGAUUCUCAAUAGAUUAGUUAGG